AGGUAAGAAAUGAGCUAAUGAUCUUGUUUCCUUUGCUCGUUAUUUUUCAUUUUUGUGUUUAAUUGAUCAUCUUCCAUUGAUUAUUUAAUGGAACUAAACCAAGAAAAAGGAUUCGUUUGCAAAUUGUGCAAGAAGAGGUACACUUGUGGGAAAUCCUUGGGUGGUCACAUAAGAAUCCAUAUGAACAACGAAAACUCUGCUUAAACAGAGCAAGAAUCAGCUGAUUUUCGCUUGAAAAAGCUUAUCAAUCUAAGCAAGAAGAGAUUUUCUGGUUUGAGGGAAAACCCCAAGAACACCAUUAGGUUUUCAGAUUCAGGCAAUGUGGCUUCAUUCAAAGAGAUGAUUUGCAAAGAAUGUGGCAAGGGUUUUAGAUCAUUGAAGGCUCUUUUUGGUCACGUCUUGCCAUUCCGAGAAGGAGAGAGUUCAUCAUUUGGACAAUGGCGAUAAACAUAAGCUGAUAAUGGAUAGUCAAUCGGAUACGGAGACAUCGACGAGUCCCGGUAAAAGGAGAUCGAAGAGGGUGAAGUACAAGGCGAUCGGUGUUCAAUGGAGUAAUUCGGACAACAUGGGGAAUGGUUCUUCAUCUGUUUCGGAGAUAGUGAAAGGGUUGAAUUCGGUCGUCGAUUAUCUGGAGAACAACUCGAUCGUGUUGGAAGAUAAAUCGUCGUCCAUCGAUGUGAUUAGCCUCGAGAAUGCCAUGAAAUGUGUUUCCAACGAGUUGAAGGAACCAGCUGAAGCUGAAACUUGUCAUUCUUCUGAGAAUUCUGAUUCAGGGUAUUUUAGAUUUGGACCAAAGAAGGUGGAAUCAGAUGAGGUCGAUGGAUUUCGCAAGAACAUCGAGUCUAAGAAGCUGAAAAUGGUUUCUGGAUCUGAGUUUGAUGCUACAUAUUGGAAGCGUUCUAGUAAAUUCAAGUAUGAUUUAAGAAUAAAUGGCAAGGACGCCUAUUGCAGUCCUCGAAAGGGAAGCAAAUACGAGUGUUUAACCUGUAACAAGACCUUCGAUUCCCAUAGGACUCUUGGAGGACACCGAGCGAGCCAUACGAAGGUGAAUGACUGCAAUGACUCGAUACACGAGAGUUAUGAAAAUAGCUUAGCCGGUUGUAGACACUAA